CCCGCCUCAUCGGUCUCAUCCUUCUCCAACGAGUUUGACAAAAGGACUACCAGACAUGAUACCGCGGUUAAGAAUCAUUGUCGCCUACUGCUAGACAUUACUUUUCUGUUUGCGAAUGCGACCGUCCACUCUUUGGCCGUCGUGAGAGAGCUUCCCCAGCUGUCGUUUACUGCGCAAGCUUGACGCAUCACCUGUCUGCUCCGCUUCGCCCUCUUCGUCACCCGAUAGAGGGCGGUAUCCCGGUCAUUCGCAAUCUCUCAUCUCAACUAUGCGCUCUGUGUUUUCCUGGAGUCGCGCCUUGGUUGCGCUGAGCUGCUUGUCAAUAGCAGCGGCCUACCAAAACUACAGCCAAUAUGAUCUUUUACAAGCUAGCUUAGCUUUGCAGAACGACCGGCCUGCAGACUGUCCGCCAUGCUUCAACUGUCUUUUACCCGCUUUCCAAUGUACCCAAUUCGCCACCUGCAACAAGUACAAUGGCAAGUGCGCUUGUCCGCCAGGAUUCGGAGGCGAAGAUUGUUCCGAGCCGGUCUGCGGAUCCUUGGCUGAUGGCAAGGAACGUCUGCCUCGAACAGAAAAGUACUGCAACUGCAAAGAAGGCUGGGACGGCAUCAACUGCAAUGUGUGCAAGACGAAUGACGCAUGUAACGCCCUAAUGCCAGAAGGUAAAGAUGGCGUCUGUUACAGCCAGGGAGUUACAGUCAACGAAAACUAUCAAAUGUGCGAUGUCACCAACCGUAAGAUUCUUGACCAGCUCAAGGAGCAGAAGCCGCAAGUCACCUUUUCUUGCAAUGCCGAUAGGAAUGAUUGCAACUUUCAAUUUUGGGUCGACCAGCGCGAAUCCUUCUACUGCAGCCUCGAUGAAUGUUCUUGGGACCUAAAAACCGAAUAUAAUCGCAACGAGACUCUCUAUAAUUGUAAAAACAUUCACUGUAAAUGCAUUCCUGGACGAAUGCUCUGCGGCGAGGAAGGUUCAAUCGAUAUUGGAGACUUUCUUGUAGAGGAGAUCAAAGGCCCGGCCUCGUUCAGCUCGGUCUCGACUGAAGGAGGCAGUAGCGCCGAUGGAAGCAAGUUUCAGGAGCCGGCAAUGAAUGACCUCAUCAAGAGCGUUUUCGGCGACGAGAGCAUCACCCUCAACUGUUACUCGGGCGAGUGUCUAUAUCAGACGGAUGUACCUGGUUACCAACGCCCUGUCAAGAAGAUUAAUACCCCCUUGAUCGCGGGUGUCAUUGCUGGUUGCGCACUCUUUGUGGUGGCGGUCAUCUUGCUGAUAUGGUACCUCGCUCGACGUUCAGCCCGCAGCAAGUGGGGCGCAAUUCACCUCUCCGAUGACGAGGACGACGAGACUGCGAAACUACUAGCGAGCCAUAAACCAGCAGCCUUGCACUUUGAAAACGUGGGCUACCAUCUGAAUGGGAGAAAGUUACUGUCCAGCAUUCAAGGCGCUGUGCAUCCAGGUCAGAUCAUGGCCAUCAUGGGCGCAUCUGGCGCCGGAAAGACCACGUUCCUCGACAUCCUCGCCCGGAAAAAUAAGCGGGGUGUGGUUGAAGGAGACUUUUAUGUCAAUGGCGAAAAAGUUGGAGAUAACGAAUAUCGCAGUGUCAUCGGCUUUGUGGACCAAGAAGACACGAUGCUGCCGACUUUGACCGUUCACGAAACCAUCAGUAACAGCGCAUUCCUUCGUUUGCCGCGCGAUAUGAGCGCCGCUGCAAAGGAGCAAAGAGUAUACGAAAUCGAGAAGCAACUAGGAAUCUACAACAUUCGCGACCAGCUGAUUGGAUCCGAAGAGGGUAAAGGACGGGGCAUCUCUGGCGGUGAAAAGAGACGAGUUGGCAUCGCCUGUGAACUGGUGACUAGCCCUAGCAUUCUCUUCCUGGAUGAGCCAACGAGCGGGUUGGACGCAUUCAAUGCGUUUAAUGUUGUUGAAUGUCUGGUUACUCUUGCCAAGAAUUAUAAUCGCACCGUCGUCAUCACCAUCCACCAACCACGAUCGAACAUUGUUGCACUUUUUGACCAGCUUGUGCUCCUCGCCAGCGGCAAAACAGUCUACUCGGGCCCUUUCUCCAACUGCCAGUCUUACUUUGAUCAACUUGGCUACCCCUGUCCUCCUGGAUUCAACAUUGCCGACUAUCUCGUGGAUCUGACUAUGCACGCCAGCAAUACCGUAUCGGCGCCGGCAGCAGAGACUUCUUUCCUCGAUGAGCCUUCUGACGGCAUACAGACGGCCUCUAGCAGUGUACGCGCUAUCAAGUCAAUAGCUAGCGCAUCAAACAACAGCAUGGACAAUGGAAGCCCAGGAAGUGCGAGCGACUCUUUCCUUCGUCCCAAAAAUCGACGACGGCAGUCUCUCAAGCAGAAGCAGGAUCGCCAAUUGUAUACCAGGAAGAAGAGUGGCAGUGGCGGUGCAGAUACUCCUAGCACGUCACGAACCGAAGAAGAACCCGCGAUACCCGGUAGCGAAAUUGACAGCAGCACUCAGCAAUGGCUUAAGCUGUCCCGCCAGCAGGGCUCAGUUCCGCCGCAGAUUCUGGACGAUCCUCACGAGCUUCCUCCGGCUGCUCAUGGGUUUGGGACUGAUCUGGAUAAUCUCAUCCAGAGCUACAAGGCGUCUGAUGUUGCAGGCUCUGUGCAUGAGGACAUUCGGACCACCGUGUUGAGCGCUACUGCCGCGAAUGGCAACAGCCACGACGGCGAUCCAUCCCACGCCAACGGCUCAGUCUCUUCCUCAUACCGCGGGAGCAUCAAGGGCUACAGACGGGUAGGCUGGCUGGGACAAUUCGCGAUUCUCGCGAAACGUACAUGGCAGAAUCUCUACCGCAACCCGAUGCUCAUGAUUGCCCAUUACGCCAUUGCCAUACUUCUUGCCGUGCUCUCUGGUUUCCUCUUCUAUGGUCUCACGGAUGAUAUCAAGGGCUUCCAGAACCGCCUUGGUCUCUUCUUCUUUCUGCUUGCUUUGUUCGGCUUUAGUACCCUGACCAGCUUGACCGUGUUUGCGUCCGAGCGACUCUUGUUUGUCCGAGAGAGAGCAAACGGGUACUACUCGCCCGUGACGUAUUUUGCCGCAAAAGUCAUUUUCGACAUUGUCCCGCUCCGACUCAUCCCGCCCAUUAUUCUUGGAACAAUUGUGUAUCCGAUGGUCGGACUCAUCCCCGCGUGGCCAGAGUUUUUCAAGUUUAUUCUCAUUCUGGUCCUGUUCAACCUCGCUGCCGCUGCAAUUUGUUUGUUCAUCGGCAUUGUUUUCAAAGAUGGCGGCGUUGCCAAUCUGAUUGGCAGCUUGGUCAUGCUUUUCAGCCUGCUUUUUGCCGGUCUCUUGCUCAACCACGAUGCCAUUCCCAAGGCGGCCCUCUGGUUGCAGUCUCUUUCCAUCUUCCACUACGGUUUCGAAGCCCUCAUUGUCAACGAAGUCAAGUAUCUCACGCUAGUCGACCACAAGUACGGCCUCGACAUUGAAGUCCCCGGCGCAUCUAUCCUCAGCUCCUUUGGCUUCGACGUGCUCGCGCUGUGGUCCGACGUUAUCGGCCUCGCCGUCUUUUCUGGCGCUUUUAUUCUUCUGGCUUAUGCCGCCAUGCAUUUGCUCUUGGUCGAGCGGAGGUAGUUGUUUUUUACUCUCUUCCAUUUUUCUUUUCCCUUUUCGCCCCUUUUCGUCCCUUUUCGUCCCUUUCCGUCCCUUUCCGUCCCUAUAAAUUCCUUUCUCAUCCUUUUCCCCCACAAAUUCUCUUCCCCGUUACUACCUUUGUUUGUCUAAUCGUAAUGACGACACGACAUUUGAUGGCGGGGUCGGGGGGGGAGGGGCGGGGGGGCGGUGGGGGGGGGGACGGGGGGGAAGGGGGG